AUGUAUGUACGCAAGCGUGAUGGACGCCAGGAGCGUGUCCAGUUCGACAAGAUCACUGCCCGUGUUUCAAGACUGUGUUACGGUCUCGAUACCGAGCAUGUUGAUCCUGUUGCCAUCACCCAGAAGGUCAUCUCUGGCGUCUACGGAGGUGUGACUACCAUUCAGCUCGAUGAUCUUGCUGCCGAGACUGCUGCAUACAUGACCGUCACCCACCCCGACUACGCAAUUCUGGCUGCCCGCAUUGCCGUCUCAAACCUUCACAAGCAGACUAAGAAGCAAUGGUCUUCUGUUGUCAGCGACCUUUACCACUAUGUCAACCCCAGAAACAACAAGGCAUCUCCCAUGAUUGCCCAAGAAACAUACGAGUGCGUCAUGCGUCACAAGGACGAGCUGGACUCUGCCAUUGUCUAUGACCGAGAUUUCAACUAUCAGUACUUCGGUUUCAAGACACUGGAGCGUUCCUAUCUCCUCAAGCUCAACGGCAAGAUCGUUGAGCGCCCACAACACAUGAUCAUGCGUGUUUCUGUGGGUAUUUGGGGUGAUAACAUUGAACGUGUCAUCGAGACCUACAACUACAUGUCCAACAAGUUCUUUACUCAUGCUUCUCCCACUCUCUUCAAUGCCGGUACCCCCCAGGCUCAGCUCUCAUCAUGCUUCCUUGUCGAUAUGAAGGAUGACAGCAUUGACGGUAUCUACGAUACUCUCAAGACCUGUGCCAUGAUCUCAAAGAUGGCAGGAGGUAUCGGUCUCAACGUUCACCGCAUUCGUGCUACAGGCUCGUACAUUGCCGGUACCAACGGCACAUCCAAUGGAAUCAUCCCCAUGCUGCGAGUGUUCAACAACACUGCCAGAUAUGUUGAUCAGGGUGGCAACAAGCGCCCCGGUGCCUUUGCUAUUUAUCUCGAGCCCUGGCACUCUGAUGUCUUCGAGUUUCUGGACCUUCGAAAGAAUCACGGAAAGGAAGAGAUCCGUGCACGAGACCUGUUCCUGGCUCUGUGGAUCCCUGAUCUCUUCAUGAAGCGCGUUGAGAAGAACGAGAACUGGACUCUCAUGUGCCCUAACGAGUGCCCUGGCCUGGCUGACUGCUACGGCGAGGAGUUUGAGGCCCUAUACGAGAAGUAUGAGAAGGAGGGUCGUGGUCGUCAGACGAUCCGUGCCCAGAAGCUGUGGUACUCGAUCCUCGAAGCCCAAACCGAGACUGGUAACCCCUUCAUGCUUUACAAGGAUGCUUGCAACCGUAAGAGCAACCAGAAGAACCUGGGUACUAUCCGCAGCUCCAAUCUUUGCACUGAGAUUAUUGAAUACUGCGCUCCCGAUGAGGUUGCUGUUUGCAACCUGGCUUCGCUGGCUCUGCCCGCCUACGUUGAUUACGACGAGGGCUGCUACAACUUCAAGAAGCUCCACGAAGUUACACGGGUUAUCGUGCGUAACCUGAACCGUAUCAUCGAUGUCAACUACUACCCCGUUCAGGAGGCACGCAACAGCAACAUGCGUCAUCGACCCAUUGGUCUUGGUGUUCAGGGUCUUGCAGAUGCAUUCUUGGCUCUGCGCAUGCCUUUCGAGUCGCCUGAGGCUCGUCAGCUGAACAAGCAGAUCUUCGAGACAAUCUACCAUGCCGCCCUUACUGAGUCCAUGGAACUCGCGAAGGAGCAAGGUCCCUACCAGACCUUCAAGGGAUCCCCAGCUUCAGAGGGAAUUCUUCAGUUCGACAUGUGGAAUGUCACCCCCUCUGACCUUUGGGAGUGGGAGACCCUUCGAGAACAGAUCAAGGAGCACGGUAUCCGUAACAGUCUGCUCGUGGCCCCUAUGCCCACAGCCAGUACCUCUCAGAUCUUGGGCAACAAUGAAUGCUUCGAGCCCUACACAUCCAACAUCUACUCCCGACGUGUUCUGGCUGGAGAGUUCCAGGUCGUCAACCCCUGGCUCUUGAAAGAUCUUGUUGAGUUGGGCUUGUGGUCCGAUGCCAUGAAGAACCGAAUUAUUGCUGAACAAGGUUCGAUCCAAAACAUCCCCAACAUCCCUGAUGACCUCAAGGCCCUCUACAAGACCGUCUGGGAGAUUUCUCAACGUCAAGUUGUGCAGAUGGCCGCCGAUCGAGGUGCUUUCAUUGACCAAUCUCAAUCUCUCAACAUCCAUAUGAAGGAUCCCUCAAUGGGCAAGAUUACCAGUAUGCACUUUGCUGGCUGGAAAUUGGGACUCAAGACUGGCAUGUACUAUCUUCGUACUCAGGCUGCUGCGGCCCCUAUUCAGUUCACUGUCGAUCAGCAAGCUCUUAAGGUGGAUGACAACACUGUCGCCAGGGACCGUCCGGUCAAGAAGCGAGGACCAGCCACCGGCGGCAGCUACAUGUCCUCUCCAUCUGCCGUUCCACGUGCAAACGUGCUCAAGGAUGGUCCCAACGGCAACUCUAUCUCAAACGGCGUGCCGACUCCUACCACCACGCCACCACCUGCCCUAACAGCGGGAAGCAAGUCCCUGCCCAUCUCGUCCCCAAAUAAGGUGGCUCCAAUCAAAGCCGACGUCGAUGAGGGUGACAGCCCAAGGGCCUUGCCAACCGAGCCAGCCGGCAAGGUUCAGGAGGAGGAUCUUACAAACAAGGCCAGUCAGGACGAGGACAAGGGUGAUGACAGUGAAGACCGUGAGCGUGACAUUUACUCAGAGGCUGUCGUUGCUUGCAGCAUUGAGAACCCUGAGUCCUGCAUCAUGUGCAGUGGUUAA